UGUGGUCCAGGUGUCAUUUUAUAUUUAGAACUGCCCUGUGUUUCUCCAUCACUUCCUCCAUCUUUUUUCUUCCUACCAAAGAGUGGAAGAAAAAAGAUGGUCAGCAUUCUCGUCUGUACAAGAAGCAAGCUGCUGUUCAGAACUACAAGCAUCAGCAUGAUCAGGCCUGCUGCUGGUAAAAAAGUGAGAAAUCAAAUUAAAACAUUCCAUGAUUGUGUUUUUUGGACAUAUCAGCAGUUAAAGAUUGCGGGCAGCAUCACCCACUUCCACGUGGACGCUCGCAGAGCUGGAAAGGGAUGAAAGGAGAUUCCCCACCGGCCCCACCCCUCCCGCCGUAGCAAAAAAGGAAGACGUCCGUGAUGGCUAAGCCACGCCUCUUUUCCAUCCCGUAACGUCCGAUAGCGCGGCAAUCGCUUCGCCCUCUGAUUGGUUGAGCACCGGCAGCGCGAGGAGCUGCUUCUGCGCAUUCGGCCGCCGGUCCCUCGUAAUUAAAGCGAGCGGGGAGUUGAGGCGUGGAGAGAGGGUUUUUUUUGUGACUGCUUCGUUGCCAUUAAAAAAAAAAAGCUCCACGUAUUUUAUUUUGCCUUCAGAGGGGCAGGAGAGGGGGAGCGGAAAGGAAGGGAGGAAAGUGGGCGAGAGGUGGGCGGAAAGAAAGCCUCCGGCGUCGAGGGUGUGGGAGGGGAAGCACCAGGUGAGGGAAACCUGAGGUAAGGUCAGAGGCUCCGGGCUGUGUGGUGUGUGUGCGUAUGUGAACCGGACGGGGAUGACCUUGGCGAACUGAGAGGCAAGGGAAGAGUCCGCUCCGGUGGUGAGAAGGCUGGAAGUGCAGGUGGAGGGAAAGAGCCUCGCCGCGAGGAUGUAUGUGGGGGGGAUGUGGGGCUGAGGGGAAAGGUUAGGAGUUGCCCCCCCCCCCGGUGUGUGUGUAUGUGUCUAGGUGGGGAAGGCUCCAGGCUGCCGGUAUCUCUGAAGGAGAGGAGAGGAAACGGGGCGGUGGUGUCUCUGUGGGGGAGGGAAGAAGCCGUCGUGCAGAAAGGUGGGGGGCGUGAGGGGGAAGGGGUCUUUUGAGUUCGGUGCCUUGAAAGGGAUCGAGCAGUCUUCCCCCCUCCCCGCUUUGUGAGGGGAGGGUGACCCCAGUGAGAGGAUGGGUGGGGAGGGAGCCGAUGUGGUGGAGCCAAGGGAAGGGGGUGGGGAGGAAGAGGGCGGCGAGAUUGGGGAGGUAGCGCCUGCGCCCCCCCUCCAGCAGAACGGGUGCCUCCCAGGCAAAGAGUCGGAUCACAGCAGCGUCUGCACACCUUUGGUCGCUGUAGUGAGUGAUGUGGAGGCUGGAAGAAGGGACACCUCCUUUCCUAAUCUGGAGGAGCAUCCCGAGGUGGAGGCUAUGCUGUCCCCUUCAACAUCGGGAAUGAAGCUGACCCCUCGGCUGUCCAAGCGCAGGCUAGUGGUGCUGGCCAUCUUCAGCUUGUACUCGCUGGUGAAUGCCUUCCAGUGGAUCCAGUAUAGUAUAUUGACAAGCAUCUUUACGCAGUACUAUGGUGUCCUCAACUCUCAGAUCGAUUGGCUCUCCAUGGCAUAUAUGGUGGCAUAUGUUCCUCUCAUUUUCCCUGCCACUUGGCUGCUGGACAUUCGUGGUCUUCGCCUCACUGCCUUGCUCGGAUCUGGACUCAAUUGCUUGGGUGCCUGGAUCAAGUGUGCCAGCGUCCAGCGAAACUUAUAUCCAGUCACCUUGCUUGCUCAGAUUGUAUGUUCUGUAGCUCAGGUUUUUAUUUUGGGGCUACCCUCCCGCAUUGCCUCUGUCUGGUUUGGACCAAAGGAAGUAUCCACAGCUUGUGCUGUAGCUGUUCUGGGUAACCAGCUAGGAACAGCAAUUGGCUUUUUAUUGCCACCAGUCUUAGUUCCAAACACACCUGAUGACAUGGAUCUCAUGGGACAUAACAUUCGCAUAAUGUUCUAUGGCACAGCAGCAGUAUCCACGUUCCUGUUUAUACUAGUAGCACUUGUAUUUAAGGAAAAACCUAAGCAUCCUCCAAGUCAGUCUCAGGCUGUUCUCCUGGAGGCAUCCACAGAAAAUUACUCCUACAAGCAGUCAAUUAUCAACCUUUUUGGAAAUCUUCCUUUUGUUCUCCUCCUGAUAAGUUAUGGAAUUAUGACUGGAGCCUUCUAUUCAGUCUCAACUCUACUAAAUCAAAUGAUAGUAUUUCAUUAUGAAGGAGAAGAAGUGAAGGCAGGAAGGAUUGGUCUGACACUUGUGGUAGCUGGAAUGGUGGGCUCAGUUAUUUGUGGCUUAUGGCUGGAUCAUACCAAAACAUAUAAGCAGACUACACUGAUUGUGUACAUCCUGUCAUUUGUUGGGAUGGUUGUAUUUACAUUCACUUUGGACUGUGGAAACCUUCUAGUCGUGUUUGUGACUGGUGGAGUGCUUGGUUUCUUCAUGACUGGUUACCUCCCUCUUGGUUUUGAAUUUGCGGUGGAAAUAACAUACCCAGAGUCAGAAGGCACCUCAUCAGGGCUUCUGAAUGCUUCAGCACAGAUAUUUGGUGUCAUCUUUACUCUGAUCCAAGGGAAGCUUAUAACAGUUUACAAUCCCCAGGCAGGAAACAUUUUUCUCUUUGUGUGGAUGUUUAUAGGCAUAAUUUUAACAGCUUUAAUCAAAUCUGAUUUACGAAGGCACAAUGUGAAUUCAGGGAUAAGUGUUGACAUUAAAUCUAUACCAGUUGACUCUUCUGCAGAAGAUGAACAGAGUAAAACUGCACCAAAAUGUCAGUCUGAAACAAAAAUUUAGAAGAGAAAUGCUAACAGUGUGGAACAGUCAAGUUAUAUCAAGCACAGAACCAACUCAUCUAUAUGCCUGAAUGUAAUAGAACUGAGUGUUACCAGUGGUAAUUAUGCAGUAUAGUUUGCAUUUGGAUGUACAUAUUGUGCUGAGGAUACAUUUUCAUUUUCCAUUGAUUAUUUUUAAUGGCCAUUUUGUUGACAUUGUCAUGAUAUCCCAUUUUGAAAAGCACAUACAGUGAAGCAACUGGAAUGCUCCAGCAAGUGACAGAUAAUUAAAAACAGCCACAACAAAUUAAUCCAUACACUAAUAUUUACAUGAAAUGUGUGCACAGAACAUAUUUAAGCAUAGUUGAAUGGGUAUUCUUUUUAGCAUAGGAUGGUUUUUAACUUUUUAAUUGUAAAUAUGUUGCAAAUUUUAAACUCUCCUUUCUCCAGGAGGGACGUACAGUAUAAGAAAUUCAGAUUUGAAUUGGUUAUACUGUAAAUUCUAUUUGCCAUUUCUGUUGGCCUUGGAAGAUUUAUGAUUUUAUGUCCAAAUACAGAUGAAGGAACUUCUUAAAUGAACAUUUCUUUGAAAUAAUGUUCCAGACUUUUAAAGGCAAAGACUUUUCAGAUUUAUGGGCUGAAACUCCUAGACCCUUAUUCAUCUUAUUUUUCCUUUGCAUUCCAAAAAUGCAUAGAAUAUAUAUAUAUAUGGGGGGGGGAGGGAGAGAGAGAGAGUCAGUAACACUUAAUGUAGGGAUGGAUUUGGGGCAGAUAAAUAGAGACAGGAGCCCACCAUGAACUCUGUCAAGUGUUUCACCUGGUCUGGCACAUUGCAUAGGUUUAAAGAAUCAUGUAGCAAAAGAAUGUGGCCUCAUUCUAAGGCUUAAUAUCUGUUCCCUUAUGCUGUUACGAGAAUAUACCUGUACAUGUGUUCAGUUUUUGCUGAUUGAGUGGAAAUUUGUCAGUUCUGGUAUGUUUGAGAAAUGUUAACAAUAUGUUCUGUCGUAUCCUUUAAUACCUUGUCUGGGGAAUAGCUGUUAAAUCUUUCUGUUUUAAAGGAACAAUCAGAGUGAAAUGUUUGCUGCUUUGUCUGAGCCACUGGAUGCUGCUGUUCUUGAUUCUCAAAUAAAUAAGGGCCUUUUCAAUAACUUUUCUUAAAAAUGUUGACAUGAGGAACAAAAGUUUUUUGUCUUGUGAAAGCUCCUGAUGUGAUUAUUUGAUUGUUUGGCCAGAAUUCUAGUGAUUACUUAAUUACUAAUUAAUGCUUACAUCGGGUAAAUUGCAAGUCUUGGUAGUAAAGUGUCACCUAUUAAUGAGGUGGUUUUAAUGUCUGUAUGUACAUGUGCAAUCAGGCAUGUGAUCAGGAAUGCGAUUGAGAUCUCAUUAAUGAUCAUAAAUUUGUCAUCAAGACUUCCAUGAUUUUUCUUAUGCAAGCAUAAAUUGGCAACUGAAUUCUGGCUUACAUGUAUAUUUAUUCCACAUUAGCUUAUCACAGGUUUAAGGUAAAAGCUAAAUCCUUUUUCCAAAAAGAGUCUUUUGUUUGUACUGGUAUGCUGAAAUGCUUCUCCUCUCUUUCUUUUGGAGAUAUUACUUGUUGCACAGCUGCCUCCUCCUUCCAUGACCACAGUGAAAAAAAGGAAAGCUAAUUUUAUCUUGUCAUAUUAGUACUCAUUUUAACAAGACCUCAUUUUAUUAGCAAUUUGUGUUAAAAAUACAGUAUAUGAAUAACAGAUGCAAAUUAUUUACUGGAACAUUUUUAUUAAUAAUAAUGAUUAGGCUAUUUUGAAAGCUUGUUCUGAAGCCAUUUGGGUGGGUUAUUCUUCAGUGAUAAUCCAGUAUGCUGGAUGCCUGGACUAUACUACCAGUAGCUCAAGGUUGGAUUGGACAGGCAUUCUGAAGAAGGUACCUUUCUACAUGUAACUGGUAUUCUUGAUCCAGCCAUUGUGUCUUCUUUCCCUGCUGUGCAUUUCUGAGCAUGUUAAUGUUUGGUUAGGAGUUGAAUAGGAAGGUAUUUGUCCUGCACCUCAAAGCAUGUGCAGAGGCAGCAGGUUUGUUUGCUCAGUUUUAGAACAGAAGUGAGCCCAAGAUUAAUGCUCUAGAAGGUUCUGUAGGUGAUUUUUCAGGUGAUUUAUAGCAUAUGAUCCACAUUUUUAAAGCUUUUCUUGUUAUAUCAUACUUUUCUGAUCUUAAAUUUGUCACAUCACCUAAUUUUUUUAAGAAUCCUAGUGCUCAGCUUCUGCUGUAUUUCUAGUGAAUACCUACUAAUCUGUUGUCUCCUUUUAAUAAGCAUUAUCUAGUAAGCAUAUUAAUCAGUUAGUAGCUGGACUUCUCUAUCUACUGCUGAGUGAAACCAGUUAAAAGCCUUUUCAAUAUGCAUUUGGAAAGGCAUGAUAUUAUAUUUUAAACAUCAGUGUCUCUGAAUAUUUUUCAUAAAAGAGACAACUGGCAUCCAGGUUGUGUCAACUUAAAUCUUAUUCUUUGACCCACUCUAUGCCUGCAUCUUCACUUUAGCAUGGAUUUUUAGGUGUUAGAAGAGAUUUAUUUCCUUUUUCAUUUUAUAAUUUGAAAACCUUAAUCCUGCAAGUCCCUUUUUAUAACAUCACCAGAUUCCAAAUUAUCCUCUGUGCAAAAUUCCAAAUAAAUUUGAUGUUACAGGAAGUCUGCUGGGCCUUUGCAAACAAAGCAUUCCUGGUAAUGACAGCUUAACUCUAGUUCAAAAGCAAGGCUUCCUAGUAGGCCUGUGCAUGCUUUUAACAAGAGCUUGAGUUAUAUUUUGGCAGAUUACAUCCUGAAUACAUUAAAAUGCAAGAUGGAAAAAUGUAUUGCAUAAUUAAAAUUAAUACAAGUUAUUGACUUCAAAAUGAGGCAGGUAAGUAUACCAAUGAUGCAUAAUUAGCUAUGUAUCAUUAGUAUACUUGGGGUUAUUGCGUUGUGAAUCACUUAACUCUUAAGAGAAUCUACAGAAAAAUUUCCUCUGUGGUACAAGCUUAUAAGGAAAAUUCCUUUUGGAAUCUAAAGAGCUGCUUGAUCACUUAGAGCAAGAUUGCAUUUGUCCAGUGGAAGUGUUAUUUUUCCAUCUCUGUUUCAGAUCUCAAGUAGCUUUUGAAACUUCUCUCACUUUCAAAGUCAAUUUGGAAUGUUGUGUUGGUUGUCAUUUGAAGAAAAAUGAGGCGUGAAGCAUUCCUAGGCUUGCAUAACUACUUUCAUGGUCUUUUGGUCCCUUUGUAGGUACUGAAUCCUCUGUAAGUUUUUUGCAUUGGAAGAUUCAUUAUUUUAUUAAUGACUGUGCCAGUGUGCACGUAUCAGAUAAAAUUAUUUUUAAAACUAGCUCCAGAUCUUCUUAUUGCAUGUAUGCACUAGAGGAAUGUAUGUGGGCUUUGUAUCAUCCGUUUUUAGGAUUUUGUUGGGAUUUGCUGAAUUCUGCUGAAGUGUGUUGCCGUAGAAGUUUAAAUCAUUGUUAAAUAGCUAAAUCAUAAACCCUAAACUCAAAAUGUUUGCUAGUAUAUGUAAGAGAGGAAGAAUGUAGUUGUAUAACAUUUUAAGAAAGUUGCCUCAGUUUCAUUUUUAAAAUCUCCAUGUGUCCUCAUGGUUACAGCAAACUGUAUCUGUCAUAAUUCUGAAUACUUUCAACGUGAAAGUCUUCACAUUUGCUCAAGGUGCAAAUGCUUUUGUAUGUUUGUGUGAAAGAAAUACUGUGAAUAUUGAACUGACUAAAUGAUACCUCUCUGAAAAGGUGCUUUGAUUUCACUAAAUUGUUCUGUUGUAAGUACAGUUUAUUUGGGAGGAGCUGUGUUCCUAUUAUUGCUGCCUUUAUUUUUUUACCAGGUGUUUUUUUUUACCAAUCACAAUUAGGUGGCAAGAAGUGGAUAAUGAUGAUAAUGAUUGACUAAAAUGAAGUUUUCCCCUAAUUUUAUAGCUAUUUCUGUUAGCUGUCCCAUAUGGCAAUCGUAAUUUUUUGCUUGAUUUCUUUGAUAGUUGUGCAUGUCUCACACACCCUCCAUAGAUAGAUAAUGAUAGUGAUUUGGAAAACUAUCUAUUUUGUAGGAAAGAUUAAUAUACCAUAAAUGUUGUGAGAAAAAAAAAACUAAACCGUGGCUUUCUGUCUUCAUUAACCAUUAUGGCAACAACUGAUGUUUAUAAGCAUGAUGCGGACACCAGAGAUUAUUAAUUCUAGAUCUUCUCCUUGUUUCAUUUGUUUUGAUUCAAUAGUGACAUGAAGGCUUAGCAUAAAAGCCUCUAAUUUCUCUAUAGUUUCUCUGGACAGUCCUCCUAAAUUUUAAUUAAGAUCUAAUGGGGGCAGCUAGGGGCUUCAUUCAACGGUAGGGUUGUCCUGUAGUGGGGUUUCUUUAAUUCGUUGGUCCAUUGAAUAGUGUCUAUGGGGCUGUUAGAAAGCUCUAGAAAUCCAUUUUAGGUUUUUUAUUAAGCUCCAGCCUUGGAUGGGGUGGGGACAUCCAGUUUGAGGUACCCUUUGCAGCCACUGCCCGGAGCUGGAACUCCAGCUUUGGAAAAGGGAAGAAGGGGCAUGUUGCAGGUAUGCCGGUGGGAAAGAAUGUGGAUCUGCUGGAUCCACAACCCUUUGAGCCUUCAGCCACAUCUCCAAUUUGGGGAGGGGGGUGAUCAGGUGGGAUUAAGGCCAGUUCUGAAUGAAUUCCAUCCUUUUUUUUUUUUUACUGGAGGGAAUUUUAUUCAAAAUGGAAAAAAUACAAAAUAAACCCCAAUCCUGUAAAGGAGGGGGCCAUCAGCUCAUGCCCUUCCUUUGUAUUUCUACCCUAGUGGCAAAAAGCCCAGGAGGACUUUUGAGUAUAUAACAGUGUUCCAUUGUUAGGAACAAUUUUCCCCUUAAGAUUGCAUCCAGAGACAAACAAUUAUUUCUGUGAUUUUGUAAGAGACUAAAAGUUCUUACGGAGCUGUUGAGACCAAAGGAUUACAAUGCCCUUGAAACACUGCUGUCCUAGUAUGACAUUCACAAUGGUUUGGAUACUUAAGUGCCAGAAUAGAUAUCAUAAGUCAACAAGAAGGGAGGAUCUUUGUUGUCUUGAAUGUAUUUGCACUGUAAUUCAUUUUUGUAUUGUUUGUACUUGCCUGUAUUGAGGUAUCUACUGCUGUAUUACUAAAUAAACCCCCCAUGG